ACCGAUCACACGACCAAUCCCGGCUUCGCCCUGACAUUCCUGAAUGAAAGAAAGUGACAAGUGUUAUAGUUGAAGUGACAGGGUGGAGGGGGCACGAGGUCUCUGCUCUGCACCUCCUGGAUCAGCUGUCCUGCGCUCGGUCCUCGGUCUCCGGGAUGAGAAUGCGCUGAGAUGGUCUCAGGCCCGAAAGUGGAGAUGAAGGAGAAACCCGGGCGGAAGAUGCAAAGUUACCACGAGCUGCAAUGGACGGGAACCCGCAGACCCCAGACCGCUGUAUGGAGGAUCCCAAAAUCAGACACACGCUGGGAAAACUACAGCAAAUCAGCGCAAGAGCGCGGCCCCAACUACGACAUCCAGUCUCCUACAUUUUCUUCGAGUUCGGCGUCUUCCAUGGAAAGCAGCGUCUCCUCCCAGAUCAUCAAUUUACACACGAAUAAUGGGACAUCACACGGAUCCGGUAAACUUAGUAACUCCGCUCCCUCCUCAGACAGAAAACUUCCGCACAUCCGUAACAAUCCUGAGCUCCAUAGGAGUCACCUGUACCUGGACGGAGCGAACACUCAGACCUACCUGACCUCCGUAGAGAUUAACACUCCGUGGUACAUAAGUGUCCUCAAUGAGAAGGAGCAUUGUCUUCUUAAACUUGGAGAAGAGAUAAACCGUCUCUCCAGAUAUGAGGUAGAAAGUAAGAGGAAGGAUCAGAUCAUCUCCAGCCUGAGGAGCGAAGUGUCGCAGCUGCGGAGCGAAGUCCACAGAUCCGUCCUGCCCGGGAGGGAAGAGGACCCGUCUGAUCUCCUGAGCUCACACUUAGAGGAUGAAUUUUUGGGAGAAUUUCCCACAAUUGUCACAGAAGAAAAAUCCCAAUGGGGCUUGAGCCGUCAGGAUCCAUCAUCAGGUUCAGAGCGAAGUGAAUCCGCAGAGUCCUCGGAAGAAACUUUACCUGAGAAACAGAGCAAAAGCCGAAUGAUAGCGAUGGAGACAGAGAUUCUGGUUGAUGACAUCGCAGCAGAGAACAAUGGAUGCCUCGUAGCUGAAAAAGAUGAAGAUUCAUCCCCCGUGUCCAUAGAUCAACCUGAAGACAAAGAUCAGCUGAUUCAGAAGCUACAAGAGGACAUAGAGACCAUGAGGAAGGACCACGAGAUAUCAAAAGGAGUCAUUUCCUCUCUGCAGAAAUCGAUUUCAUCUCACGAGUCCAAACUGAGGAAAUCCACGUUUGAGAAGGAAUCGUUACAGCGAGAACUGAAGGAGAGAGAGGUCCAGAUACACUCAAUGUCCAGGAAGUUUUCAAGUUUGCGAGAAGAAAGAAAACAUGAAGAAUUGAUGGCGACCACGGAGCAGGAGAACCACAGUCUUAGAGAGAUGAUGGGUGAACUGAAGGGCGAAGUGUCCAGGAGGAACGAGAUGAUCACAGAAUUAAAGAGUGAAGUUCAGAGACUGCAGAAGGAGAUCAGCAAAUAUCAGGCAGAAGGGAGGAAGCGAGAGGAGGAGAGAAGUCUGAUCCAGAGCAAAGCCGAGGACCUGGCCUCCUCCGAGCAACACCUCAAGGUGGCGCUAGAGACAACGCAGACCAGGUUUGAACGGUUCCGCAGUAAGAUCAUACAGGCGGCGUACAUCGCUCCGGGAUUCAAGGGGCCACAGGUUGAAAUCUCAGAUAAUGAAAUCCUGGAAACCAUGCAGAAAAUAAUUGCGGACCGAUCGGAUUUUCACCAACAACUGAAGCAGAAGGGAGUGAAGGUUCCACCGCUUCACGUAUCGGAAACUUCUCCGUCUGUCAAACAAACCUCGUUCCCUUCUAGAAAGAAAGCUGUGUAAGAGCGACGCCCGGAGACCGCGGUCAUGUGACGCACCCGAAGCCCCUUUAUGUGUCUCCAAUAAACAUGGACCUGUCCAAUGUGAUUUAUACUUGACAAAUAUCGGGGGGGGGUCCACACAGCAGAGCCGACCCCUGAAAAUAAAUGGGCCCCAUUACUGGUAUACACCAACAGGGGGCGCUCCUCACCGAAGGGACAAUGGCCUCCAUAAUAAGAGCUGCGCUAAACCAAGCAACGCAAAGGAGCUUCAUGGGGGCUACAAUCCUCUCCACACUAUGUCACCCAGUGUUUUCCAACCAGGGUGCCUCCAGCUGUUGCAAAACUACAACUCAGCCUUUGGCCUCUGGGCAUGCUGGGAGUUGUAGUUUUGAAACAAAAAGUUUGUUGGAAUUGGGCUCUUGUUUAAGGCUGUAAGCGCCUACAUUAAUGUUUUCCAACCAGGGUGCCUCCAGCUGUUGCAAAACUACAACUCCCAGCAUGCUCAGACAGCCUCUGGCUGUCCGGGCAUGCUGGGAGUUGUAGUUUUGCAACAGAGCGGUUGUUGGAACUGGACUCUUGUUUAAGUCUGUAAGCGCUUACAUUACUGUUUCCCAAUUAGGGUGCCUCCAGCUGUUUCAAAACUACAACUCUCAGCAUGCCCGGACAGCCAAAGGCUGUCCGGGCAUGCUGGGAGUUGUAGUUUUGAAACAAAGAGGUUGUUGGAAUUGGGCUCUUGUUUAAGACUGUAAACAUCUACAUUAUCUACAUUAGUUUUUCCCAACUGGGGUCCCUCCAGCUGUUGCAAAACUACAACUCUCAGCAUGCCCUGACAGCUUUUAGCUGUCUGGGCAUGCUGGGAGUUGUAGUUUUGCAACAGAGAGGCUGUUGUAAGCGCCAACAUCAGUAUUUUUAAACUCGAGUGCCUCCAGCUGUUGCAAAACUAGCUGGGAGUUGUAGUUUUGCAACAGCUGAGGGCACCCUGGUUGGAAAACACUGAUCUGGUUGGUCAAUUUCUAAAGGCCUCUCCACCAUUCUAGUGAUUGGGGGGGGUCAGAUGCCCAAUGAUCAGGUAGUGCCCCCUAUCCACACCCCAUCAGGGCCGUACAAACUACAACAACCCCCACUCGCGCCGUCCCUGUUUUUUUUUGGCCCUUUUGCUCUUUUCCCGUAUGUUUGGCUUAAAGGGUUUGUCCAGAAUGAUAAAAACAUGGCGGCUUUCCAUCAAAAACAGUCGCAAUAUCACCCACAAUCCAUGGACAGGUGAAGAACAAGGCGGCCAUGUUGCCCCGAUCCAGCUCAUCCCCGGGGCCCUUGUGUGGCCCCCAUAUCAGCCCCUCCCCCAUCCUCAUCCCUUCCUGGGAUUUAUAGAGAUAUUGGGGGAGAUUUAUCUAAAUUUGUCUAGAGGAAGUGAGCGCUGUUGUCCAUGGCAACCAAUCAGAUCGCUGCUUUCAUUUUUCAGAGGCCUCUUUAGAAAUGAAGCGACCUGAUUGGUUGCUAUGGGCAACUGCUCCACUGUAAUUUAUUACUGGGUAUAAAUGUAAAAUGAUGGAUAACAUUUAGCAUUUGAUCUGUUAUUAUUGUUUCUGACAUGAUAUGACUACUCCCCUCAUCGUUUGUACAGUGCCGAUGGGUAAUAAAUGGUUAAUG